AUGGAGACGGAUCAGAUGUGGAAGGAUCUUGUGGAUAUCGGAACAACAGUCACGAGAUCUCGUCGCGAUGCAUAUGAUAGCUACAAUGGUGCUCCUGCGCAUGACUUUGGAGCGCAGGCUCCAGGAGGUCCAGCUCCAACAGGAGGAUCGUGCCAGUGCCAGAGUGCUGCUGAAAACAAGUGCCAUCCAGGACCACCGGGACCAAAGGGAUCUCCCGGUUCUCCUGGUCCAAACGGUCUCCCAGGAGUUGACGGAAAACCUGGAGAAGAUGCUGAUGAUGUUGAGCCAGCUCCACAAGACACGGGCAUCUGCUUCUAUUGUAAGGCUGGUCCGCCAGGGCCUCCAGGACCACCAGGUCUUCCAGGACUUCGCGGAAUGAAGGGAGCCGAUGGAGCGCUUGGCAAACCUGGCCGUGACGGAAAUCCAGGUCAUCCAGGUGAGAUGGGAGCACAAGGACCACAAGGAAAACCGGGACCAGAAGGACGACCAGGAGAGAAGGGAGCCGAUGGACGGAAACCAAUCGGUAGACCCGGACCAAAGGGACAACGAGGAAAACAAGGCGAUCAAGGACCAAAGGGAGAUGCUGGACCAAACGGACCGCCAGGAGCUCCUGGACCAUCAGGACCAUCAGGAGGACCAGGCCCAGCAGGAGAGAAAGGACUUGAUGGACCACCAGGACCAGAAGGAAAGCAAGGACGUCCAGGACAGGAUGCAGAGUAUUGCAAAUGCCCAGACCGGGGAUCGAAGGGAGGUUCACUCGGUGGUCGCGGAGGCGGUGGUCACCACGGUGGAAGCUCAGGCGGUUACAAAGAGGGAUACAAAGCUUAA